AUGGCCAGAACAAAAAACAUCGCGUUACGCGACGCAAUUGCGAAAUACGGGAUAGUCGCAAACAGGUUAAGAGCAAAAAACAGGAAGCAAAGAGCACAUUGUAGAUCAGGCUUUAGAACGCCACGCAACAUUGAACGUAACUCCAAAUCACGCAAGUACCCGCCUUGCGUAAUAUGGGAUCCUCGACAGCCAGCGAAAAAUCCUAUCUAUAAUUGCCGGAUAAUUAAGCUCUACUGCCGCACUGGGUAUCAUUUGGCGAUUACGCCGUCGAGACGGGUCAAAGGAUUAUCUGGAAAUGAGGAAUCGUAUGCUCUACUUCACGCGACACCGGUGUCUUUUGGCGUUAUCAGAAUACAAAGCGUCGAAACGAGGCUCUAUCUGGCAUUCAACAAGAAAGGGCGAUUGUACGGAGAGAUGAAUAUGACUAACGACAAUACCGAAUGGGAACAGUGGAGCAUUGGUGCCUACGAUGCGUUCCGAUCGCGUAAAUACGUACACUACGGAUGGUGGAUAGGAAUAAAGAAAAAUGGACGAGCAAAGCCGGGACCAAAAACAUCUUGGGGACAAAAAGCGAUACAAUUCUCGGCUAUCCAAGAGGAUUAAUCGAAACUUUCAAGAUAUAGACACGCUUUACAGAACAUGCUUCUUAUCUCCAAUAUUUCAUUCGUUGCGUAAACUUUCCUGGAAAGAAGUCAAGGGCGGUAAUGAACGAGUGCUUUAUGAGCAGAGAUGACGUCGCACGAUUAGGAAUAAGGAAAAAAUCAGUCAAACGAAGAACCGAUAAUCAUCGAACAGUAACGUUCCAAUAGAAUAUAAUGUUUAUUAUAACACCGUGUUACUCAACAAUGGAAUAAUUUAGGAUUGUGCAUUCUGCUUGUGCCCUCUAACUGAAACUCCAUCGCAAGUCGCAGUUUCUUAUUCGCAGUAAAUACAUAUUUAUUAUUAUAAUGCCAAUCGUCAAAUCGAUACGCUUACAAGCAAGAUGAUCGCAUACGUAUCAGUUAGUCUUUUCGUAAAUAGCAGAAUUUAUCUAGCCAUCUUGCUUAUAACGUACGAACGAAUAUCAGCUUUUCGUAAUAUAUGUCAUCAAUUAUAACGUAUUGCAAUUGUAUAUAAUCUUAUACAUUUCUUUUAUACAUCUACAUACAAUGCAUAUAUGUAUAAGUACGUCAAAAUUUUACAAGCAAGAAUUAUCUAUUAAAAAGCAAAUACCUCGAUAAAAUAUGUAUAUGGCUUUGAACAUUUUAAUAUCCAAUUUUGCAGACGUAACGUAUGCAUUUCGAGCAAACUUCUAAAAAAGCAUACGAAUGCGAGAAGCAAAUGUAUGAAAGAGAGAUUAAUUAGUAAUUGUACGUAAAAAAAAUUAUUAAUUAAGAUUAACAGUGUAUGUUAAAUAAAAAAUGAAAAAGAGAUAAAUAUAUAA